AGUGACACAACACCUAUGUUAGCGGGGCGCUAGUAAUGUUCAAUUUUGAUUUUCUUUUUCCUAAUUUCAGUUUUCCCGGCUCUCUGCGGUCUUCUCCGGUUCAACCGGGCGGACUUGUAUCCUGCUGAGGUGUCAACGCACGACUGAGACAACCGCCAUGGUCGCCGUCACGUCUUUCUUCGUCUCCACCUGAGAUCUCUUCCCUCCCUCCCAAUUCCUCUUUGAUCUCUGCAAUUCAACUCCGACGAUGUCGAUCCAGCGACCGCUAAACGAAUCAUGGGACUGCAUGCUCCCUGGUCCACCUUCCCGCAGCAACGGCGGAUCCGCCGACCUCUCCACCACCGGCCUCUUGGCUUACGCCUCCGGCAGCUCUGUUGCCGUCGUCGAAACUCACUCUAUGCAGCUCGUCACUGCUAUCCCUCUCCCCCCGCCUUCCUCGUCCUCGGCUGCUCUCUCCCCCUUCAUCACCUCCGUCCGGUGGUCCCCGCACCCGCUGCCGCACUUCCUACUCUCCUCCGACGCGCCCAAUCAGCACCUCAUUCUCGCCGUCGGUGACCGCCAAGGCCGUAUUUGCCUCCUUGAUUUGCGGUCGAAAACGCCUCUUUUGUUCUUCGACACUAAUUCUAGUAACUCCAGUUCAAAGCCGGGAAUCCAGGACCUCUGCUGGGUCCAAACCGGACCCGAUUCCUGGGCCAUUGCUGCUCUUUCUGGUCCUUCGCUUCUGAGCCUCUACAACACUUCAACGGGACGUUGCUUCUUCAAAUACGACGCUUCUCCGGAGUACUUCUCCUGUCUCUGUCGCGAUCCGUUCGACUCUCGGCGUUUCUGUGCUCUAGGGCUUAAAGGCUUCUUGCUCUCAGUCAAAGCUCUUGGAGAUUCUGAAAAUGAUGUAUCUCAUAAAGAACUGCAAAUCCGCACGGAUACCUCGGAAUUGCAGAAGCUAGAGAGGGAUUCAACUGCCGGUGUUAAUGGAGCUCCCGCAUUGGCUACAUUCCCAAAUUACAUAGUGAGCUCUGCAUUUUCGCCCCACUGGAAGCAUAUACUAUUUGUUACUUUUCCCAGAGAGUUGGUGGUGUUUGAUUUGCAGUAUGAGACGGCAUUAUACUCUGCAGGGUUGCCCAGAGGUUGUGGGAAAUUCAUGGAAGUGUUGCCAGAUACAAAUAUGCAGGUUUUGUACUGUGCUCAUCUUGAUGGGAUGGUCAGUAUUUGGCGGAGGAAAAAAGGAGAGCAGGUGUACACCAUCUGUGCUAUGGAAGAAUUGAUGCCCUCACUCGGCUCAUCUGUCCCUUCUCCUUCAGUUCUUGCACUUACCAUCUGCCAUUCAGAUGCUACCCUCCAAAAUAUCAGCAAACUUUAUUCAGAUGGAUGCCAAUCUCUUGAAUUGGACUUUGAUAAUCCAUUCGAUUUUAGCGAUGAAUCUCUUGUCAUUUCUAAAACACCAUUAAUUUCUAUUUCUGAUGAUGGAAAAGUAUGGAAAUGGCUCCUGACUGCUGAAGGAUCUGGAGAUACUCAAAAGGAUAAAAUACAACCUGGCAUUGCAGUGGAAGUUAGUAAAUCUCUAGUUCAGCAAAAGGAUCCUCAGAUGGAUAUUUUGCCUUCAGAUAGUUCUAUGUCAAUGAAAUCAAAUGGUGCUAUUAGUAACAGUGGCUGUUUAUCAAAUGCUGCUAAAAAUGACAAAGAGGUGUCAUUUAAGAUUAGCCUAGUUGGACAGCUUCAUCUUCUUUCUUCAGCAGUGACUAUGCUGGCUGUACCAUCACCUUCUUUGACCUCUACUGUGGCACGUGGGGGAAACUCUCCAGCUGUAGCAGUUCCGCUAGUUGCUUUGGGAACUCAAAAUGGUUCAAUUGAGGUCAUUGAUGUUUCUGCCAAUGCUGUCGCUGCUAGUUUCUCUGUCCAUAACAGUGUUGUUAGGGGAUUACGGUGGCUUGGGAAUUCUAGAUUGGUGUCGUUUUCUUACACACGGGGAACGGAAAAAUCAAGCGGCUUUACCAAUAGGCUUGUUGUGACUUGUCUUAGAAGUGGGCUUAAUCGAACAUUUCGAGUUCUUCAGAGACCAGAACGAGCACCUAUAAGAGCUUUAAGGGCCUCAUCUUCUGGAAGGUAUCUUCUAAUCUUGUUUCGUGAUGCUCCUGUAGAAGUUUGGGCAAUGACAAAGACUCCAAUAAUGCUUAGAUCAUUAGCUCUGCCAUUCACUGUACUGGAAUGGAGUCUUCCAACAGUCCCACGUCCAUCAUCUAAAGAUCAUACAGCAGUGUCGGCUGAGACAUCUUCCCCAAAGGCAUCUCCAUUGGACUCUAAAUCUGGUACUGAUGGAUCUCAAGAUGAGUUUUCUGAAACUUUUUCAUUUGCAUUGGCAAAUGGGGCGCUUGGAGUUUUUGAGGUUCAUGGACGAAGGAUCCGAGACUUCAGACCAAAGUGGCCUAAUUCUUCAUUUGCUGCAUCUGAUGGAUUGGUAACAGCCAUGGCCUAUCGUCUGCCUCACGUGGUUAUGGGGGACAGGUUGGGGAACAUACGCUGGUGGGAUGUUGUCACUGGCCAGUCAUCCUCAUUUAACACUCACAGGGAAGGGAUACGGAGAAUUAAGUUCUCACCUGUUGUUCCUGGGGAUCGUAGCCGUGGGCGCAUUGCUAUUCUAUUUUAUGAUAACACAUUUUCUGUAUUUGAUUUGGAUUCACCAGAUCCAUUAGCCAAUUCGCUUCUACAACCUCAAUUCCCUGGAACUCUUGUCUUGGAACUUGAUUGGUUGCCUUUGAGAACUGCUAAGAGUGAUCCACUUAUAUUGUGCAUUGCUGGAGCUGAUAGCAGCUUUCGUCUUCUUGAUGUUAAUAUAAAUGAUAACAAAAUAGCUUAUGCCCCCCAGGCUCGAUCAAUCAAAGAGAGAUACCGGCCAGUGCCUUUGUGCUCUCCUGUACUAUUACCUACACCACAUGCCAUGGCAUUGCGGACAAUCUUACAGCUGGGUUUGAAGCCAUCAUGGUUCAAUACAGUCAGUACAACAAUGGACAAGGGGCAUUAUGAAGUUACUGCAACUCCCUCUUCCACUAGUGAUCUUUGCAGUUACAUGUUGCAUUCCCCGCGCAUUGGCGACUCUGUAGUGCCAGAAAUGCUUCUUAAAGUAUUGGAGCCUUAUCGUAGAGAAGGCUGCAUGCUUGAUAAUGAGAUGGUGAAACUCUAUGGUAGUAUAGUCAACAAAGGUUGUGCAGUAAGACUUGCUUUUGCCGCUGCCAUAUUUGGUGAACCAAUGGAAGCACUUUUCUGGCUGCAAUUACCUAAUGCUGUUAACCACUGGAUGAAGAAGUUGGUUAACAAGUCUCCAACAGUCUCUCAAUCUACAUCAGCUCCGGAACUUGAUGAGGCAACUAUGCUUAAUAGGAUAUCAUCAAGGGGAAAAGUAGCCCCUGGAUCAGAGGAAAGGAAUGUGGUGGGUAAGAGUAAAUUGAAGUUGAUGGCUUUUGAAGAAGAAGAGUUAUUGAAGUGUGCUAAUGAGCGUAUACCUUGGCAUGAGAAACUGGAGGGUGAAGAGGCUAUCCAAAACCGUGUACAUGAACUUGUGUCUGUUGGAAACUUAGAAGCUGCUGUUAGUUUGCUACUUUCAACUCCUCCAGAAAGCUCAUAUUUUUAUGCAAAUGCAUUACGUGCUGUUGCUCUUUCAUCUGCAGUGUCAAAGUCUCUACUUGAACUUGCAGUGAAGGUGGUUGCCGCAAAUAUGGUUAGAACAGACAAUUCAUUAUCUGGCACACAUCUGCUUUGUGCAGUUGGGAGGUAUCAAGAAGCUUGUUCUCAGCUACAAGAUGCCGGAUGCUGGACAGAUGCUGCAACAUUAGCUGCUUCACAUUUAAAAGGAUCUGACUAUGCAAGGGUUUUGCAACGGUGGGCUGAGCAAGUGCUACAUGCUGAACAUAACAUUUGGAGGGCACUUAUCUUGUAUGUCGCAGCUGGCGCAUUUCAAGAGGCAUUAGCAGCACUGCGUGAGGCACAGCAACCAGACACAGCAGCAAUGUUUAUUCUUGCUUGCCGUGAAAUACAUGCUGAACUGGUGUCAAGUUUGGAUUUGGAUGACGAAGCUAUAGCAGCAGUGAAGGAUAAGUUGGUUAACUUGCCAGGAGUGAGUCCUGAAAAUGUAGACGCGAUUGCGGUUGUUGAAUAUUAUGGGCAAUACCAAAGAAAACUAAUCCAUCUUUGCAUGGAUUCACUACCAUCCUCUGAUUAACUAAACUUGACUCCAUACCUUUUACUUUUAUUUAGGUUGGUAAAGGUGGUCUCUUCGCCUUUCUUCAUAUAUUUAUGAUUAGUUCUGUGUGGAUCCAGAAGGUCUGUAAAUGUACUUUUGUAUUUAUUAUAUUGGAUGAGAUAUCCAUUCAUUGAUUAAAUGAACGCAUUUUGGGAAACAAUGUUAUA